AAAACCGUCACGUCACGCGCGACCACGGGACACAGAGACACGGAGAGCCAGGAAUCACGCGUGGACCGAACGCACGGACGCGCAAAUGGCCGCGUGAGGAACCGCACGGUGCCGUGGAGCCGCGAGACGCACGAACCGGGUUCAACCCAUCAUCAUGCACUGUUCUCAUCACCACCAUCAUCAUCAUGUAUUGUAAUGAAUUUAAUGGAUUAUAGGAAAUGAACUCGUCUGAGUGUGGCGUUAAAUCAGAUGGACAUGCACUUGAUAAAGAGGUCAAGGUCGAGAAGGACGCAGACGACAUUUCAGACGUCGAGACGCAACGGAAUUUGGAGGACGAGUGUUUGAACCGCUUCGCUCGGAGGAUCGCGAAGAGAUCUGCGUCGCACGGGUUCGACGGCCCCGACUCGGAGCAGAACCAGCCCGCCGGCAGAAAGAAGGCCAAGGUCGGAGAACUUUUCCAAGGUGGCGGCUCGGAGGAAACGCCCAGAUCCCCCCAGGACAGAACCGUAUCGUCAUACCGGAAGCCUUUAUACGGCAUUUCCCACCGUAUCUCCGAGAAAAAGGCCAACAUGGAUCAGCACGAAUCCGGGAUCCGGGUUAGCCGUAACGGGAUCCUUUUCCCAAAGUUGGACAGCCCGAUUCACGUGAGGUUCGACGCGGCGUCGUCUUCCAGAUCCUCUACGUCCCCGGUAUCUCCCGAUUCUCAUCUGUAUCCGCUUUUCGAAAAGAUGUUCUUCAUUCUCAACAGUCUGAACUCCAGCAUGUCUCAGCUGCACAGCAAGGUGGACCUUCUUUCACUAGAAGUGACGCGCAUCAAGAAGCAGAUCAAGCCUUCGGAGAUGGCUAUGGAGUUCCAGCCUCCACCGGAAUACCAGUUGACCAGAGAGGAAUUGGGACAGUUGAUGGAGCAGACCUCCAGCGCUGGCGAACUGGGGUGCAGGCUGCUGGUCCAGCUAUUCCCAGAGCUUUUCACAGCUAAAGAAUGCGCCCACGGUUGCCGAGCUUGUGGCGUCGCCAGCAAAGCCGCUCUGGACUCGUUGCACCUUCAACUCGUACGCAACUACAUGGAGUCGUGCUACCCGCUGGUCAAGAACGGGAACGUUUGGCAGAACGAGUGCCUGCCGCAGAUCAACGACUUUUUUAACCGUUUCUGGGCUCAGAAGGACAUGGAGAGCGGGCAGGUCUGCGGGAAACGGACCGGGUUCGACGCGGACCAAAACCACCACGGCUGCCAUUUCAUCAACGAGGACGGACAAGACGAGGGGCUGUCGCUGGAUUCCGGAGAGAACCCCGCCGUCAACGGCGGCCAGUUCGGCCACGUCGAAUCGGAUCUCGCGUUCGAUUCCCAAGAAAGCGGCGAGAAUCCCGACGACAUCACGUCAGCCGAGGAGUUUGUGGUAUUCCUUUUGAACAGACUGUUCCCCGAAGUGUUUGAGGAAGGGAGACUUCCAGAGGGCCACAGGACCGUCGGAGAGCUGAUGGUCAGUUCGGACCGACUGGAGAUUAUCCGUAAAUACAUGGAGGCGAAUUUUCCAGAAAUGCCCGAAGACACCUGGCUGCAGUUGUGCGUGCAGCAGAUGGAGGACGCGCUCGAGAAUGUUUCCGCCAACGGUGGCGAUCAGGAGAACCUCCCCGAGGAGACCUACAACCCCGCUACUCUCCCUGACGAUGUCUCCGUGGUGAAGAUCAGUGAUUUUUCCGACUUUGAAAGGUGUAACCGGAGGUCGAAAAGGCUGCUGCUCGAACCCGUCGACUUCAACAAAAUGGACGUCCCUCGUCCGGAUUUUGACGUUCCACAAGAGUACCUACUCACGAAGGAGCAGCUGAGGAGCAUCUACAAUAGCAGCUUGUCCAUCGGAAACUUCGCCUCCCGUCUUUUGGUCCUCAUGUUCCCCGAACUGUUCACGCAAGAAAACAAUCGCAAGCACUACAACUGCAGCGGCUCGCUGGGAAAAAAGCAGCUGGAUCCUGUCCGGAUCAACCUCAUCCGCCAUUACGUCCAGCUGCUCUACCCUAGAGCUAAAAACGACCGGGUUUGGACCCUGGAGUUUGUAGGGAAGCUUGAUGAAAGGUGCAGGCGUAGAGACACGGAGCAGCGUCGCUCCUACCAGCAGCAGCGGAAAACCUACACCUCGGAUCAAGAUUCCGAUCUCGGAGACUACAUGACCGCUAGCCAGAUCACCCCGGAUCGUCCGAAAGAGGACUUCGACGUGCCCUCGUUGCCACCUGAAAAAAGUAGCAAAGACUUUUGUAAGAUUCCUCUGGACGACCUCCAGGUUUCCGCUCCAGACUUCCCAGUGCCUUCGUCGUACUUACUCACGGACUCCGAAGUUAGAGAAAUCGUCCAGCAGAGCCUCUCGGUCGGGAAUUUCGCCGCCCGUCUUCUCGUCCGUCUCUUCCCUGAACUCUUCACGCACGAGAACCUGAGGCUUCAGUACAACCACUCGGGCGCCUGCAACAAGAAACAGCUGGACCCCGUGCGACUCCGACUCAUCCGCCAUUACGUCGAGGCCGUGUACCCGGCGGAUAAAAUGGAGGAGGUGUGGCACUACGAGUGCGUUCCCAGCAUCGACGAGCGCUGCAGGCGCCCGAAUCGCAAGAAAUGCGACAUCCUGAAAAAGGCCAAGAGAUCGAACGGCAUCGUGUCGUGUUCCUAACGAUUUACGCCUGAACGAAACUCUAACUUUUGCACAAGACCGCCGGCGCGAGCUGUAAACGACGAGAUCCUCAUCGAGUAGGUCCUUGUUUACAAGAUGGAGCUACAGCAGCGAAGCUAAUUAACGAUGACACUAACGACAGAUAAUAUUAAUAUGCCAAGCUAUCGUACUUCUAACUUUUAAUAGAUAAGCUAUCGUCGCCUUAGCCUAGCCGAUACACAAGUGGAAAGAAUCGAAUCUUUAGUUCCAAGUCACUUUAGUAACGGCAGAGAGGGGUAUAUUUUGUUUUUUAAUUCAUUCUAAUGUUGCAGCACUGGUGUUUUUCUAACUCGAUGUCCUAGCUACGGUGUAGAGGAAAAUAGAGAAGCAAAUCGAUGACUAUUUUUAAAUAAAAGUUUGCAUUUCAUCAGAAACGGA